CCAAAAAUGUGCAACAGAUCUGUAUCCCCAUUUUGCGCGAUUUUAUAGAUACAACUCGAUAGAGAAAGCUUGAAUGCAGAUACGAUUUGGAAUCUCAUCUGUAGUUACUUAGUUCACUAUGGCUGUAGUUAGACGUGAAAGCUGUGAAUGCAGAUACGAUGUGUUCUUGAGUUUCCGAGGCGAAGACACUCGGAAGACCUUUACCGAUCAUCUCCACACGGCGUUGGUCAACGCCGGACUCAGCACCUUCAGAGAUGAAGAUGAGCUUGAGAGAGGUGAACAUAUUAGGGUGGACCUGCACAAAGCCAUUCAGCAAUCAAGAACUUCUGUAAUUGUGUUCUCAAAAGACUACGCGUCGUCCAGAUGGUGCCUUGACGAGCUUAUCAUGAUCCUUGAACGCAGGAACAAGACCUGCGGCGGCCGAGACCACCGCCAUGUCGUUUUGCCCGUGUUCUAUGAUGUUGAUCCCUCCGAUCUGAGGAAGCAGACGGGAAGUCUUGCAAAAGCAUUUUCCAGGCACCAGAAGAUGGAAGCGUCAAGCAAGGUCGACCGAUGGAGAGAAGCACUGCGAGAGGUUGCAGAUCUAUCCGGAAUGGUGUUACAGAAUCAAGCUGAUAGGCACGAGGCAAAGUUCAUCAAAAAAAUUGUUAAAGUUGUUGCUGACAAGUUAAGCCGGACGCCCUUAAGUGUUUCUCCUAAUCUGGUUGGGAUUCUUUCUCGAUUCGAAAGAAUUGACAUAUGGUUACAAGAUGAAUCAAUUGAUGUUGGCAUACUUGUAAUUUACGGAAUUGGUGGGAUAGGGAAGACAACCAUUGCAAAAUUAGUUUACAAUUUAAAUUUUGAGAAGUUUGAUGGGAGCAGUUUUCUUGAGAAUAUCAGGCAAUUCUCGGAGCAACCUAAUGGCUUAGUUUGGAUGCAAACAAAACUUCUUCUUGAUAUUGGGAAGAAGGCGCAAAUACACAGUGUUAGUGAGGGCAUUUCAAAGAUUGAAAAAGUCUUGCGCUCUAAAAGAGUUCUUCUUGUUAUUGAUGAUGUGGAUGAUCUGGAGCAACUAGAAGCACUGCUUAUGAUGCAUGAUAAGUUUUGUCGCGGAAGUAGAAUCAUCAUAACAACUAGGCAUGCAAGGUUGUUGCAUGUUGAUCGAGCUAUUGAGGUCUAUAAGCUUGAAACUUUGGAUUUCAACGACGCAUUGAAGCUGUUCAGUUGGCAUGCUUUCGGACGACACCAUCCUAAAGAAGGUUACAUGGAACUUUCAGAAAGGCUAGUACACCACAGCGGAGGUCUUCCAUUAGCUCUUAAAGUUUUUGGUUCUUCUCUAUCAAGGCAGAGCAUAGACGUAUGGGAAAGUGCAUUACAGAAACUGGAAGUAAUUCCAAAUGGUGAAAUCAUGAAGAAACUCAAAAUAAGUUAUGACUCUUUACAAGACAGACAUGACAAAGAUUUGUUCCUCCAUAUUGCUUGUUUCUUUGUUGGUAAGGACAGAGAUUACAUUGUUGGAAUACUAGAUGGAUGCGAAUUCUACACAGUGGUGGGCAUUCAGAAUCUUAUUGAUAGGUGUUUGGUAACCAUUGAUGGAGAUAACAAGGUGCAGAUGCAUCAAAUGAUUCGUGACAUGGGAAGAGGAAUUGUUCUUCUAGAGUCAAAUGAACCCGGAGAACGUAGCAGAUUAUGUCAUCCUACACAUUCUUUCAAAGUAUUGGCAGAAAGAAAUGGAACAAAAAAGGUUGAAGGUCUUGUCUUGGAUAUGCAUAAGCACCCUGCAUUCACUCUUUCACGAGAUUCAGAUGAGGUAGUACUCUUGGAAACCAAAGGAUUUGUAGGGAUGCACAAUCUAAAAAUGCUCCAGCUUAGUCAUGUAAAACUCACUGGAAGCUACGAGGAACUCCCACCGGGGCUAAGAUGGUUGUGUUGGUCUAAAUGCACUUUGGCCUCUAUACCGAGUGGCUUUUCUUUGGAUAACUUGGUUGUUCUUGAAAUGCACUAUAGCGGUUUGAGAAAAGUCGGGAGGGGAAGCAAGGUACAUGCGUAUCUUCCAUCAUUGAAGGUCCUUGAUCUCAGCUGUUCCGGUCGACUUACUGAAAUAACUGACUUCGCGGCAUUCCCUAUUCUGGAGAGACUGAUUCUUAAAGAUUGUGCCAGCUUAGUUGGUGUUCAUCAAUCCAUUGAAAAGCUAGAGAGACUAGUUUACUUGAAUCUAGAGGGUUGCAAAACUAUUCAGAAGCUUCCGGAAAACAUUUCUAUGCUGAACUCCCUGGAAACACUGAUUAUCUCUGGGUGCUCAAAUCUUCAUGAGUUUCCGGUAAAGCUAAGGAUGCUUAAAUCUCUAAAAGUGCUCCAAACAAAUGAUAUUCCAAUAAGUUUAUUGGUCACUACUGAGGCCAGAUCAUGCCCAAAAGCAACCAUAAAUAUGUUUUGGGCUUCUUUACCCUCUACAUUAGUAGAUUUAAGUCUUGUAGAUUGCAAUCUUUCUGAUAAUGUUUUUCCUAGGGCUUUGGCUAACCUAUCCUCCCUGAAAAGCUUAAACCUAAGCCGAAAUCCAAUGCAUAGCCUGCCGAGUUGCAUCAGAGAUCUCACCAGGCUCGAUCAACUCUCUUUCUCCAACUGUAAGAAGCUCAAAUCACUCAUAGGGCUACCAAGAGUAGGAGAACUGAUGGUGAACAACUGCACAUCAUUGGAAAAAAUUUCAUCUCAGUCAUUGUCAGACCUGCCUCAGUCACUAGGUUUUUGUGGAAAUGAAGGCCUAGUUGAGAUUGAGCCUUGGUAUAAGUUAGAACCCCUUGAAAAAGUUGACGAGGAGAUGAUCAACCUUUUAGCCUUAACUGACUUGGAUCCCAAGGAAGAGAUAACGUUGCACACCAUAGAUGAGCAGAAAGUUGAUUCUGGAACAAUGUAUCCCCUCCAGGGACUCUAUGAAUUUGGGAUAUUCCACACCUUUCUUCCUGGAGACCAGGUUCCAGGAUACUACAGCCAUAAAAGUAAUGGGACGUCAAUAUCUUUUACUAUACCAUUACAUCCUGAUCGAAGGAUCCGAGGAUUGAAUGUCUUCUCUGUCUAUGAAAAUUCAGAUGAUGUUUCUCAACUCAUCUAUACGGGUGUUAACUUACCUAAUCCAAUCAUAACUAAAGUCAUUAAUAAGAGCAAGGGUCUGAAGUGGAUCUUUGGCCCAACAUUCUACGGUAUUCCAGAUAAUGGAAAAGAUAUGAUUUGGCUAAGUCACUGGAAGUUGGAGAAUCAACUGGAGGGUAACAAUAAGGUGACUGUCUCAGUAUUUAUGGAACCUUGGCUUCAGGUGAAGCAGUGUGGCGUCGAGCUUGUGUAUGAGCAGGAGAGGAAGAGCAGCUACGACAGCUCGGAUCCUUAUUCAUAUGUCAUUGGAACAGGGUUUUCAGAAGAGCAGGAGGUGAUGCCAGGAACAUACUUCCUCUGCCCUAGACCUGCUUCAAUGGAGAAUUUAGAGUUGUGUAGGUCAAUUUGGUUCACAAAGCUCAUUAGGGACUCUGAAGAAACAGAUAAGGAAGGGGAACAAGAAGAUCAUCACAACAAGUGCUGUAGCAGAAGCUGCAAGAUUCUCAUUAUGGCAUUAUUUGUCCUUUUUUUUCUGGUCACUUUCAUUCUCUCCCAGUCCUCCCAUGGAGAAUUGUGACCUAAAUUUAUGUUUGAAUACUUAUAAUUUGGGGUAAAGGUUUUUUGAAGUCCGGUUAUUACCAAAUGCAAUCUGUUUGGGGUACCUAUAUCCUAGCAGAUGUAAUACAGUUGUUUUUGUACAUUUCCUUGGUUCUGUGCUGGGUUUCUCAUUCUAUGGCUUUCUUCUGUCAUCUAUGACAGCAAUCUGUAAUGAUUCUUCUGUUCCAAAUAUAAUAAAUGCAAUGAGUGAA